GGUCGAGUAGUGUGGGAGUUCCAAUUAUAUUUAGUCACUAAACAAAUAAAUUUUUUUUUUUUUUUGAAGUUGACUCAUGGAAGCAAAGUUGGUAUAUAAAUAAGCUAUGAAAUCUUGUUCUCUCUUUCACCCGCGUAAUUUGCCUCUCUGAUGUUUUCCGUUCCAGUUUUCCCAGGAGACGCUUCUUUAUCUCUCUCUCUCUCUCAAAACCAAAACAAACUUCUCUUUCAUUUUCACGUCCAAUGAUUCCAUAACACUCUCAUUCCCAUUCCCAUUCCCAAGUCAGACUUGCACUCACCGGAGGAGCUUGGAUCGCCUGCUUCGCUCCCAUGAGUCGUUACGAUGCUAACCCCUUCGCUGAGGAAGAUGUUAAUCCCUUUGCGGAUGGUAAAGGUCUUUCACCCCUUCCCCCUGAACGCUAUGAUCGCGGUGCAACGAUUGAUAUACCUCUUGAUAAUUCUAGGAGUUUAAAAGACCAGGAGAAGGACCUCAAAGCUAGAGAGGCUGAAUUGAAAAGGAGGGAACAGGAAAUAAAGCGGAAAGAAGAGAACGUAAAAAAAGCUGGAGGUUUUAGUACCGACAAAAACUGGCCUCCAUUUUACCCCAUCAUUCAUCAUGACAUUGCAAAUGAAAUACCAAUCCACCUACAGAAGAUCCAGUAUGUUGCGUUGACGACAUAUUUGGGUUUAGUUGUGACUCUGUUGUGGAAUAUUAUUGCGGUUACUGUAUUUUUGUUCCAUGGAGGAGGUAUAAUCAAUUGGAUAAUGUCUGUUAUCUACUUCGUAACAACUUGUCCUCUUGCAUAUUUUCUCUGGUAUCGCCCUCUUUAUCGUGCUAUGAGGACCGAUAGUUCCCUAAGUUUUGCUGGGUUUUUCCUCUGUUACACUUUCCAUAUUGGAUUUUGCAUCUAUUGUGCACUUGCUCCUCCAAUUAUCUCGGGAGGACUAUCUCUUACAGGUAUUUUGUCUGCAAUAGCAUUAAUUACUCUCAACCAGGUUACGGUUGCGAUAUUUUUCUUCAUUGGAUUUGGGAUGUUUGUCAUCGAAACACUAAUGAGCAUCUGGGUUCUUAAGCAAGUAUUAACCUACUUCAGAAGCAGUGGCAAAGCUCAAGACAUGAAGCGUGAUGCUGUAAGGGCAGCAAUAUGAGAGUGGAUGCAUGCUUGAUUUUGUUCUCACAUAUAUAGGUUAUUUUUUUGGUCCAAUGUCUUCUUAUAUAAGUUACAAAAUGAGGAAUUAUCACAAACCAAAGAGUUUUGGAUGCUUCAUAACUUGUUAUGGUUGUGCAGUCGGAUGAUGAUGGCUCUUUUAGCCCACCUAGAUAUAUUGUUUAUAGUUUUCACCAUAUCUGAUUAUAGAGAAGACUGUUUAUGUUUUGGUACUUAUGCAUGUCCUUGUUACAACUUUGUAAGUGAACGCUUUGAUAGCUCUA